AGUCUGUAAAGAUGACUGUGAUAUCUGUUCUUGUGCAGAUUUCUUGCAUGUCCCUUGGUAAGUUUACUCUCUUUUCAUUUAUCCGAAUUCUUCACCGCUAUCAAAACGUGUUUCCUCGCGUAAGGUUCUUUGGGAGUUGUUUGUAGAUGUACAGUAAAUCGUUUGAGCCCGAAGUAUAUCUCAAUCGUAACAUGAUUCGGUCAAGCGUUUCCAAGUUGUGCUGGAAGGGCUUUUACUUAUGGUAAAGACUGCUGAAUGCUAACGAAAAGUUCACUGAAUACUGAAUAUAAACUGAAGUUUAUGAAAGGAGAAAACUCGAGAGGAAUAUGGUUGAGGCUUCCAGGCCCUGGUUGUUUAAAUGUCGGAUAAUGUUAUCCACCAGAUAAACCGCUAUACAGUGGAUAGCCUUAUACAUUUUGUUCACAAUUAUCGGCUGGAUAGCGAUUUAUCCGUUGAAGAGCGUUAUCCGCUCUUUGUAUAACUGGGCCCAGAUAUACGGUCAGAUAAUUAAUGCUCGAAAAUUUUGAGCGUUAGCGGGCGUUUUGCGCACUCCGAUUGCCUUGCAUUGUGGUAGCGUUAUUUUCGAUAAGGCUGUGAGAGCGGCAGAAAUCUGCAGAUUUUAAUCGAACAUUCCGCAAAAGUUAGACUUCACGAUUAUUAUAUAGAUAUUCUUAGAUAUAGAUAUGGAAAAUUCCUGGCCCAUUUCUUGAUGAAAAUCGGUCGUAAUAUAAUUUCUAGCCUUCAAUAUAGUCGAGUUGGUUGGUGUCAUGUCUGUACAGAUUUUACCAACUUAAUAAAAGUAGAUGAUAACAGUGAUGGUAAAGCAAGCUUAAAACGGCAGAAAUCACCAGAAACUACAACGGAUACACUGGGUAUGAGUAAGUUUUAUUGAUUUUAGGAGAAAAAUCUUCAUAUUUCGAAAUAUUUAUCGUUGUAAAUCGACCUUAUUUCGUUCCCUAUACUGUUGUUCAAAUCGUCAACGGUUCCUCUCGUAACUUAAUACCGAGUCACACAACGCGUGACGCGUUCAUGAAUGGAAAGCAAUAUAUAUCAUCGUCCUAAGCAAAAAUUUUUUUUGGGAUCACUUUCUGAAGGAGCUUAGAUACCAGGCUCAAUUAGGGAACCAAGCCUUUUGAUGACGUGAACAAUUUUUCACUCACCGCCCCCGACUGGUUGAAGUGUAGUUGGAGGGGGACAGGGAAGGAAACAUUUUUGUUACUUGCGCGGGAAAAAAACAAAUGAGAAGUUAUCUAUUACCUUUUUUUUUGUUGUUAUAAUUUUCCAGAAAAAACAAAUGGGAAGUUAUCUAUUACCUUUUUUUGUGUAAUUUUCGCGGGAAAUAAUAUUACCUUAUCUCGCUCCGCUCCGUACAUAUACGAAUCUUCUGCCUUUGGUUAAAAUACACUUUCUUCGUUAAUUCUAAACAUUGCUCACGGUCAAAUGGAUCCAAAGGGAAUUUCAAACCUUGGAAAUACUUGCUUUCUGAAUAGUGUCUUGCAAGCUCUGCUCUGAGUGACAUGUUUUUCCGAAGGGCUCACUGGAUUGCAGCACAAUCGCAAGAAGUGCACCUCAUCUAAAACAGGUCUCGAAAAUGUAUUCAAUAUUAUUUUAGCACGUCAAAAUAACAUUGAUAUUGGAGUGGAAGACAUAAAAUCCCAGCAGGCAAACAACAUCAACCCAUCGGUGAACUGUGUAAUUGAACCAAGUACUUUUUUAAUGAACCACAAAAUUCGUCAUUAGUGUGGUAAUCCGCUUAGUUAUUCUCGACAUUAAGCUUAUUUCGACUUUAUGAAACAACUGGUAUCAGUCAUAUUAAAAUACGUAUUUGACGACUUGAUAAUCUUGUUAGAACGUCACAGGAAGUUGUACCUUGUACGGAGCUACGAGUAAAAUGUUUAAGGCCUUUUCACUGUUUAUGGCGGUAAAUUUAUAUUAUUCCUGGAAGCUUUGCAAGUCGUAGUUCUUUGCUCGAUUAUUUUUUGACACUGUUGUGUUGCGCGUUCAUCUAAAAUGUGCGUGUACGAGUACUAGGAGCGCAAAGAGUGAAAACGGUACGCAAACCUAACACUUUCGACCCCUCCCCAUCCCCCUCCCCCAGCCCCACCCUCUGGACAAAUGAGUAGUUUCUGGACCAUAUUGACUUGAUAAUCUUGGUAACUCCCAAAUUGACCAUGCCUCACACAAGAGAAAACUAUUUUUAUACAACUGUGCACCACUGAGGUCUUGCAUUAACAAAAAGGCUUCUCUGGUAUGUUCCACUAAAUACUCUAGGUCAGAUGUGUUUGCUGUGUAGCACCCUAAACUUUGUGAAUGCAUAUAAGACUGCACCUGGAACAGUUCACCCAGCAACAUUGGUAUCCUGUCUGCCACAAAUUAGCAGCCAAAUUCAGAAGGGCCAACAACAGUGUGCAGCAGAAUUUUUUCAGGAAUAUUGUAGAGUACUUGGAAACACUGCAAGCCAGUACCAGACUCAGCAGUUAAUACCUGCCAGCUGUAAUCUCUCCUUCCUACAAUCCUUUUUCUUUGAGUUAAGGAGUGAAGUAAUGUGCUCAUCAUGUGAUAAUAUUACUUCAAACACUACAAUGGAAACAAUUCUCCCUCUACAUAUUACAAAGGUAUGGGGCAAUUAUAGUUACAAGGUCACAGUCACCUAUGCCAAUUUUCUGUGGAUUAAAUCAAUUACAAUCACAAACCUGUAGACAGCAAAAUUAAAUCCAGGAAUGGUGUCCCUGCCACAUGGAUAUUUUGUUUUUUUUUUUUUUUUCUGAUGGGGGGGGCAGAGUUCAACCCCCCUCCCCUUUGAAAAAUUCAUUUCAUGUCAAGCAUUUCCUUAAAAAAUUUUGGCACUUUUGGACCCCCUCUCCCCUGGAAUUUUCAAUGAUCCUACUUGGGGUGGGAGUGUGUUGAUCUUUCAAUUCUUUCUAGAACUACACCUUUACUACACAUUCUUUCUUACAAAAAGUGAAUUUUGUGGUCAAAAUGAUCUAAUAAUUAUAUAAUAAUCACCUCCACCCUUAUAUUUUUUUUCUUUUGCAUGUGGGAGAAUAAAAAUUGACAUUGACAACAAUGACAACAGUUCUAUUUGCACUCAACAUUUACAUUUUUAGUUUAGUCAAUAACUACAAGAAAAGUCAAAUACUCAUCACAAAGACAAGCUACCAUAGUAUUUCUGAUACCCAAUCACACACUUUAUUGGUCAGUAUUAUUCAACAUUUAUUCUGUUCCAUUAGUGGUGUUUGUCUAUUCAUUCUUAAGGGUUGUACUGUACAGAGCUUCCUUAAGGACUAUUCUAACCCAGUGGAGCUGGAAUCAUCUUAUUACUGUAGCAGGUAA